AAUUCUAUGCGUCUAUAUAAUAAAAAUGAAACUAGACUCUAUGCAGAUAUGAGAAAUAUUGUGCUAGGCCUACGGAACACAUUUUAGGACAUCCUCAGGGGGAAUGCGUUCCGUAUUGGCAGGGCUCUAGACUAAAUUGAUAGUCUCACUCAAGCGCCACUUUCUGUGGUGUUCAAACGCUUUUAGCUUUCCCCUCAUGAUUCAUUUACAGGCACAACAAGAUACAGUAUAAUUUAUACGCUGUAUUUGCUUUUCGAGUAGAGCCGGUUGGUUUCCUGUAGUCAAUGUUAAACACUAUCCACCAAAUAAAAAGUUGUCGCCACACCAAAAAAAAAAUCUACAUACGACAAGCCACGCCUUUCUUCAUAGCCCAAUCCAACCAAAAGCAUAGUAAACUGAUCGUUUACCAUGGAGAAAUUAGGAAUGAGCUUUGGAGGUGGUCCAAGUAAGAAAGAACUUCAGGAGUUGGUAGAGACUCAACGGAAACAACUACAACAGUACCAGGUGCGACUGAAGGAUGUUGUGCGAGCAUAUAAGAGUCUUCAAAAAGAAAAGGAGGCCCUUGAGGCCAGUAUCCAUGUCCUUUCCACUACUCAGGAGCCAGCAACUGUUAUCUCAGAAUCUGAAGAGACUAAUGAUGACCAGCAUUCUAUACAUAGUGAGGAUAGUGUUGACACGGCAGGAAGUCUUCCCAGCGCUAGAGGAGGUGAGACCAGUGAGGAUGAGAGACCAGACCCUUCCCAGAGAGGUGGAAUAGAGGAGGCCAGUGGUUCAGAAAGUGGGGUCAGCACAGCCAGUGGAGAAGGAGGUCAAGCCACAGCAGUAGAGACUGACCGAAGGACGGUGCAGCUAAAAAAACAGCUUGCUACACUAACAAGUGCUUUGGCAACAGUUACACAAGAGAAAUCUCGCAUGGAGGCUUCCUAUCAAGCAGAUAAAAGGAAUGUAAAGCAGGGCACAGAGGAGUUGAUGCAGAGCAUGGAGGAAGCGAGGAGCAAUUUGCUGGAAGAACUUCAGAGUCUCCAGGAGCAACUUGCAGAGACCAAGGGCAGAUUAAUAAGCCAGCAGCAUGAUCGUGCUCAGGAGCAAAUAGACCAUGCUAUUAUGCUAAAAGAACUUCAGCGACUCUUACAAGGAGAACGAGACCAUCGUCAGGAAACUGAACUCCGGCUGGAGGAAUCAAGACAAGAGCUAGCAGGCAAGUUAGCAGGCAUAUCAGAGCUGGAAGGAAGGUCUGAGGCAGCUGAAGAGCAAAACAAAAAACUGCUUAAAGAACUUGAAGAACUAAGGAAGGAGUUAUUGGAAGCUAGGCGGCAGGGAGCAGAGCCUGACCCAGCAGUAAGAAAGCUCCAAACAGAGCUGGGAAGAGUGAAAGUAGAGCUGCAUGGUGUUCUGCAGGAAGAAAGAAAAAAGAGGUUGGAUGAGGAACAACAAACUAUGCAGCGUUUUCUACAGGAGGAGCAACGUAUUCGCUCCCUUGAGUCUCAGGUAUCCGAAAUGUCUGAACUUCUUGGUGCAGCUGAAACAUCCAAACAAAGGGAUCAAGCAACUAUUCGCAAGCUUCGGGAACGUCUAAUACAGCUAGAAGCAGAGAACAAAACUCUUGCACUAACCUCUUCAUUGCACGCACCAUCUGAAGUUACUUUUGAUUCUAAUAAAGGGGAGGAUACUGAUGAGGGUUCAGAGCAGCGUGCAUCUGCCCUUUUUUACCAGCAAGAGCUUCAGCAACUGAAGGAGGAAUUUGAACGCUAUAAAUCACGUGCACAAGGUGUACUGAGAACCAAAGGUGCACGAGAGGGAGAACUGGAGGCUGGCAGAAAACAGAUGGCAGAACUGAAAGAACGAUGUGUUUCUCUGCGGCUUUCUUCAGAAGAGGCUGAAAACAGACACAAGGCAGAAAUGGAGGCUGCCCAAAAACAGAUUGCACUAUUGCUUCAGUCUCACCGACUGGAGCUAGAAGCUGUGCGCAGAGAAGGAAGAGACAAUAUGGCUCGUCUGGAUGAAGAAUUGCGACAGCAUAGAGAACGGGUGCUAUCUGUUCUAGCUGAGAAAGAGCAAGAGCUGGAGAGAUUAAGAGAAACAAAGAUCACAACACUGGUCCCUAUUUCAGCCCUGGACUCAAUUGGCAAUGGUCUGGAAAUUCCAAAGGGUUCCUCCUCUACUUUUAUAGUGUAUGCAGAGCAGCUUUCUCGCAAGGAAGCAGAGAUUGGAAACCUACGACGGAGAAAGCAUGAACUAGAGUCAGAACUACAGAGUAUGCAGGAGAAAUUGGCAGAGCAGAAGGAGGAGGUGAAUAUCUUGCAGGAGCAAGUGAAAAAGGAUGUGCGAGAUAGGAGGAGGGAGGGGGCAAACAUGGAGUAUCUGAAAAAUGUAUUAUUAGGAUAUUUGACCUUGCCAGAUCCCAGAGGAAGACAGCAUACACUGAGUGCUCUGCUUGCAGUGUUGCAUUUUUCUCCUGAGGAACGAAAUGCAGCUUUGCGUGCACAGGAGGGGAAUAGGUGGUGGGCAGGAAGCAAGAGGUGACUCCACCUGAAAGACUUGCAUAUGUUGUAAGUAGACAGCACAUUGCACAUUAAAUUUGACAGACAUUCGUGAUCUCCCCUGUGAGAUCUAAGAGGUAAAACUUUGAAGUCAAAAUAGCCUUUUGUCUACCUUUCAACUCUGAUCUAUCUGAAGUUAAAUCAUGCUCCACCUCCUUCCAACUAUACAGUUCUUGACUGAACUGCAGUAGAGUGAUUGUGUCUAAAGAACUCUUCUAGAAAAUUACUGUUGCAAGUGAGAUCUAACUAGUCAGAUUAGGUUGCAUUCAAAAUGUGAUUGUAAAUAUGGCCUUCUUGGCAAAGGAAACAAUAAAACACUGCUUAUAGCAAA